ACACAACUCUACUGGGGGUCCGCGACUACAGGUCUGGUUGCUAGUCGACACAAGUUUAGUGCUAACGCGUGUGCAUACGGGUGUUAAGUUAAUAUCAUUUUUGUGUAAUUAUUAUUAUAUUUUGUGACUUGGUAAGAAUUUUUAUUUUUAUAAAUACGUUUUUGUGAAAUCGUCAAUUCUUUUGAAAAACUCAAUUUUACUCAUAUUAUAUUAUUAUCGGUAGAAAUUAAUAUUAACCAGAUUUUAUAAUUUUGAAUGUAUUUUUAAAAAUCAAAAAAUAAUAAUUGUAUUUAAUUGAAAUUUAACAUAAUCUAUUCAUGUACUAUACUUAUAUUUAUAAACAAAUAUAAUAUAUUGAUAAUAUUUUAAACAUUUAAAAUAUAAUCAGUGUUAUGUACGGAUUUAAAUUUCUAAUUGAGUUUUUUUUUUAUUUUAGUCGCCAAAAAUCAUCCAAAAUGGACGCCAUCAAGAAGAAAAUGCAGGCGAUGAAGCUGGAGAAGGACAAUGCCAUGGACAGAGCUCUGUUGUGCGAACAACAAGCACGAGACGCCAAUUUAAGGGCUGAAAAGGCUGAAGAAGAGGCUAGAGCCUUACAAAAAAAGAUUCAAACAAUCGAAAACGAUCUUGAUCAAACUCAGGAACAGCUUAUGCAAGUUAGCGCUAAACUCGAAGAGAAGGACAAGGCUCUGCAAAACGUAAGUGUAUUUUUAUUAUCCCCGUAUGACUUAGUUAUCAAGGUUACACAUUUUUAAGUUUUAUAUUUAAUCAAUACCUCCAUAAUUAUGAAAAAUAAAUAAAUUAUAAAACAUUAUCGUUUGUAAGUGGGAGGUAGGCAGUUAUACACAAUUUUGAUUUCUAAUAAUAUAAUAGAUAUUUUAUUAAUAAGUACCUACCGUAGAUGUUUAAUUCAUCACGAAACUUUUUAAACGCAUACAGAAUUUAAUUCUAUUUAACUCUUAUCACUGCGUUAUAUAUUUAUGUCAAACAACUGUUAUUUAUUAGCUCACACUAAUUUCAAUAAAUAUUUAAUCUAACUAUCACACAUACAAUUAAAAGACCUAAACAUGUUUUACAAAAGCGAAAUUAAUGUAGAUAGGUAUUAUACGAGAUUCUAUGGAUGAUGUAUUAAUGAGAUUUCAGCCCAUGUUAAAGUGUAGCUAGUUAUUAUAAUGCGUCUUUAAAAUAUGCUGACUAAAAUGAAUGACUUUGAUUUGUCCUGAUGAUAAUAAUAAUAUUAUGACUUAAACGUACGCGAAUUGUAUACGUUAUAUUUUAACAUUAUGAUACAAUAUAAUAUAUAUAGGUAUCUAGUUAUUCGUCAACUUAUUAUACCUUAGGUUUGAAAAAAAUAUACUGUUUAAAAGUUAGUAGGUACCCACCUAUGUUAAGUACGAAUACAAAUAUUAUUUAACAGUCAGAAAAAUUAUUUGUCUCGCAACAAAUAUUACCUAUAUUAUUGUAAAGGUGCGUAAAUAUUUUGUACACUCUGUAUAACCACCAAGAACAACUAAACGACAUUCUGGUUCUGGGGUCUAUUGUCACAUACCUACUAAAUUUGUAAAUAGCCUGUCGGAAUGCGUUUUAUCGAAUACCGUCAUCUAUGUGGUGCAGACUAACCAUUAAAGUAUUUUUUUUUUCCAUUUGGUUCCCCUAUCGACACUAUACCUACAUUAUAAUAUUGAACAAAACUCAAUUUCUUAUAAGCCUAUUAUACCUAUUAUACUUACUAUUAUUGAAAUUUAAUGAACCCAUAUUGUAUAUAUUUUACAAAAACACUACAUUUUGAAGUGCCUAUCUACUUAUUACAUUUAUUGAACUUGUAAAUUGUAUCGGAAUCUAAAUUGAAAAAAACUGUUUUAUUUAUCACUCCAAUUGCUUUAACGUAUAUAUUACUAUCUGGAGAAUUGAAUGUUACCUAUGCUCUGGUAAUAUUUACGCAAACUAAAAUUUUGAAAUAUUGUCACGUUUUUAGCCAGGUUCUCUGAUAAAAGAAUUACAAUUCUGCUUUAGUCCACGCACUGCCAUUAUUUUUAUUAUUAAUUUGAUUUUAGUUUGCAGAAACAUUACUCAACAAUCAACAUUGUGUAUCAUACAAAUAUCGUGUACCACCUUAUUAGUCACGUUUAUUAUGAACACGUCAUAAAUAUUUCCUGUUAGUAAUAACUAAAUAAUAUUUUAGCUUUGCGCGUGAAACUCAGAUAGUAGGUAUUAACUACAUAGCUGGUACCGGCUACCAAAAACGAAUCCUAUUUUUGGCUUAAUAAUUGUGCUUACUGUAUUUUUAAUUUACUCUUCGGAGAUCGGUAUAUGAAUAAAAUUCUUGGAAAACUGCCAAAGUAUUUUUUUACAUUAUACAAAUUCGAAAACAAAACACGUUGUAUAUUAACGUGUCAUGUAUGUUUAUGAUUAAUUCUGAACGAUCGUUGAUAGUAUUUUAUAAUAGUAUGCCUAACAAUGUAGAUUAUAAUAAUAGAUUUUCAAUGAAAGGACCGAUAUUAUUGAUUGUAUUAUUUAAUUGUAUUCCGAAAACCGUUUAUACAAGUAACGAAUAGUUCGAAACAUUUACAGCUCUUAAAAAAACCAAAGUCGUUAACGCAGUGUGCAAAGAUUAAAGUGUUGGUUCGGGGUAUUCUAAAAUUAGAGACACUCCGCGCGGUUCAAGAAUAGAACAGGGAUUUAUGUUACACUGGCACAGCGUUGUGCCAAAUACGGACCGGCGAGCGUUUCGCGUGUAUAACUUAUAACAUGUACAUGUCUCUGGGCUCACACUAUAUGUAACCCAAUACUCCGUAUUAUCGUAGCGAAUAUUGUUGAGUAUAACAGAAAAAAAACAUAAAAAAAAUAAUUAAAUAACUAAGUGAAAAUUUACCAUUAAUGUGUAUACGUUAAAUUUUUAUGACGAAAAUACAUUUUUAACGACAUUGUAGCUGAUAUUAUUAUAGGUGCCUAAAUAUUAGGUGAUUAACAUUUUUUUUUUUUUGUUUCAAUUAGAAUACCAUUAUAAUAUAUUCGAUUUGUAUUUCUAAAUAAUACUGUCCAGUAUUUAUUUAUUAUAAUAUUAUAUUUUCUAAUCUACUUUUGAAUUAAUAGAUAAAAAGUUUUAAAAUAUUCCGUACCAAAAAUUUCGGAAUCACUUUUAAAACUUUGAAAAGGGCCAUUUUCAACUUUUUUACACUCACACAGACAAACAUUUAAAUUAUAAUAUUUAAUACUGUUAUUAAUGUAUAUACGGUGUGUAGUGGACUAAAUUCAAUAUGAUACAUAUUAAAUACUCUGGACAAAAAUAAUUACCUACCUAAAUUAAUUAAUAUAAUUAAAUCCAUAUUUAGAAAAUAGAUUCACGUAUUUUAUUUAAAUUUGUUAUUAUCAUAAUUUAUUAUGUAAGUAAACGGAUUGGCUAUAAAUUAUAAGUAACAUUAUUUAUUGUGAGUAUUAGAAGUGUAGUUUCCUUUACAGAAAUUAUGAAUGGCUUAGGAUUUUACUAUGGACCUGUUUUAAAAUGUUUAAAUGAUGGUAUCCUUUCAAUUUGUUAGUUAAUUUUUAAAAUACCUUAUAAUCGCAUAAAUUAUCUAUUUCUAUUAUAUAUAUUAGCCAACACACAAUAAUAAAACCUAUAUCAGUAUAUAUGAUAUGAUUUGUUUAACAUAAUAUCUAAUAGUUAAAUAUAUAUAGCGGACCUUGUUUUUAUGUUAUUUUAUUAGAAUUAAUGAGUUAAUUGAAAAAAAAACACAAGUUAUUAAUCAUGUUCUUUAUACUUGGUAUAUACUGUUCAAUACAUCUAAUAUCUACCUAAACAAAUAAUUACAAACUGUUUAAUAUAAAUGUUAUGUAUUACAAAUGCAAUACACAUAUACAAAAUGUAAUACAUGUAGGUAUUAUAAUAUGUACCUAAGUGUUUAUUGAUAGAAUAUUAAAAUAUUUUCAAAUAAAUGGAUUUCUUGGAACAUAUUAUACUUUCAAAAUUACGUUAAAAUAAACCUAAUAAGAAUUAUUGUAAUAAUUAUACCCACUAUAUUUUCUUCCGGACUUUGACCAAAUGGCGAUCAAACAAAAAUCUUAUUAUCUGGUUGGUGCCUAUUAUACAUAAUAAAUAUUUUCCCGUCCUUGAUCGCAAUCUAAACUGUAAAUUAUAUUUAAUUAUUAUGACGUUAUUUAAUAAAAAUUGUUGGAAAUAAAAAGGCGCCUGUAUUGAUAGGGGUUUUCUGUAGACACGAAUGUAAUUGAGUGGUUAAAAUAAUAUAAAACGCAAAAUAAUCUAUAAUAUAUUACAGAAUAUGGGUACUAUUUAAGUUAAAAGUUAAUAAAUAAAAUAAGAGAAAAAGUGAUUUGCUCUUUUUUCAUAAGUAUUACACGUCAGUAAUGUUUUAUUCACUAAUAAAUUAUUGACUAAUUUAUUAUUGGCAUAACUAGUUUUUCCAAAAAAGGAUUGAUUCUCGUAUAUUUAUGUAAUGAUAUGUUACAUGCCUAUAUUGUAGUAUGUAUUAUGCAUAUUAUGUAAUAUUAUAGUUAUUCAUUAAUGAUAAAUGUCGAAACACGUACACUUUUUUCUUUUUAAUAAUCAAUUAGAUAUAACAUAAAAAGUUUUCAUUCCACAUGCAUUUUUAAUGUAUAAUGUUAAUGUUAAAAACAACUAUCAAUCAAACAAUAAUUUGUUCUUUUUGAUACUCAUCGUCUUUGAAAAAAAAAACCGAAGUCAAAUAAUAUAAUAAUAUUAUAUAGUAUAAUUGUUUAGCGCCUGAACGUUUACAAGAAUACAACACAUUUUACUUGUUUGACAAAUAAACUGUCGAACGACUAAUUAGUCAUUAAUUUUAUGUUUUUUUGUUCUUUCCCCAUUUGUGGAUAAUAAACAUAAUUAUAACGUAUAAUGCGAAAGUAUACCCAAAAAACAAAUAAGUAAUUAUAUUGGUAUUGUAGUUUUUAUUUUCAAAAAUAGCAAAUUGGUAUCAAUCCAAUAUUCCAAUUCGUUGUAGUUAUACAGAAUAAUUAUUCAUUAUAAGUAUCUUUUUUUAUCUUUUUUUCAAAUUACUUCCACCAAACCGGGGAGAGAAUUAUAAAUAUCAAAUAAUAACAAUUAAAGUAAAUUGAUACUAAUACACACUUUUGAUUUGCAAUCCAUCUAAUUAUUUGCAUAUAUUUUACCCAUAAUUUUAAUUUUUAUAGUUCUGAUGAAAUUCUAAAAUCCUAGAAAUAAAUUUAUCUAAUGUAUGUCUCAUAUGAGACCCGUGAUUUUGUUUGUUAAAAUUAUUUUAAGUUAAGAUAGAUUUAUGUAAACAAUAGGCCUUCUAAAAAAAUAUUUUAUUUAAUAAUUUUAUAUAAACAGGUAUCCAAUUAUUUUUAAAUAAAUAAUGGUUUACUUUGUAAAAAAACUAUUUUUUUAUUUUUAUCAAAUUCUCUAAUUUCCGAAAAUUGGAUAAAUUACUAAAAUAAAUAAUCGUACAAUUAAGAUACACAAUAUUUGUGUUCAGAACAGCACCACUAUGUGUAUGUAAUAACAGUCGUUUUUGAAUCUCAUAAUUCAUAAAUAUUGUGUUCGAUGUUAAAAAGUCAAAAUUAUAGAGUACACCACUUAUCCUGAUUUAAUUAUAAUAAAUAAUAAUACUAAUUAUAUUAUUUAAUAUUAUAGUAAUUUAAUUAUAAAUCUAUUCGAGUUUAAUGUUUGUCUUUAUUAAGUUCAUAAUUUUGGAAUAAACUUUUUUUUUACACUUAUAUCAGUGGUUAAAGGGGGAAAAACUUCAAAUGAGGCGUUAUAUUUAUCGAUCAUUGAGGGGCGUUCCCGAUUACUAACUAAAUUUAACCAACCUUUCAGGAAACUCGUAAAGACUUCCAAAACGUUCUUUUCUAAUACAAAUUUAUUGAUAAAAAUGUUAUACUAAUAGGUUUUAAAAAUAAACUGCCCCUCCCCAAUAAGAAAUUUUAAAAAAUUAGGAGGGUCAAGACGUGCUUUGAAAACAAAGUUUUACUUAAGAAAUACAUUAAUAUUAGUAAAGAAAGUAAAAGUAGCCAAGAAUAGGUAAAGUCUGCUUUAUACGUUAACAAUCCACAUGCUAGUCGUGAUCAUCAGUCACAAAAUACCAGGACUGAUAGCGUGUAAACUUUUCAUGUCAGAAACUGAUCUAAAAAGUAAACUAAUAGCACUGUAAAAACCGUUUUCAUUAUUAUUAUGAUAAAAUAUAUAAAUUUAAAAAUAAAAUGAUUACAUAAACAUAAUUUUAUUUACCCUAUCGACAAGAUGUUUUUCCUUCAAUUUCCCUCUUUCAGGGAUGUGGCAUACUGUGCCCCCUGCAUACGUUACUACUCCCUCAAAUAUUAUCCUACGCAUAUGUAUUUUCAGUAAAAAUACAGUUCAACAGUCUAACCUAACCUUAGUUAUUAUCUAAUAUGUAUUGAAGAAUUUAUUUUUAAAAAAACUGAUUCAAGUUUUUAAAAUUUUAUUAGAAAUGCCUUAGUAAAAAUAACUAAAGCGUCCACCCGAAUUUCAAACCUUUAAUUAAAGGAAAUAUAAUUUGAUAUCGAAGAAGAAGACGAUAACCCGUCCCUCUCUGCCCCCUUCUAAUUUAACCACUUAUUUAUAUUGUUCAAAAGAAUUUAUUUACUAAAUAAAUUUAAAAUGUCUGUAUCACUACUUUAAAUUUAAAGUUUAUUUUUAAAAUAUAGGUUAGGUUUUAUUUUUGUCAUAGAUUUUAAACAUUUUUUUAUUAAUAUACUAUUACUUAUUAUUAUACUGAUUAUAUAUUAACGUUUAUUAGUUAUCUACUGUUAAUUAUUAAUACGGUAACAAUUUUUUUGAUGGUUAAUUAACAAGGAAAUUUGCCUACGUUUAUUUAUCAAAGUACUGUAAUGUAAUAUAUUGUAAAAGUCUAUAAAAUACGUAUCUUAAUAUUACACGAUAUUAUACUGAUCACAAAAAAAAUAGUCCUUUUCCUUGAUUCAUUAUUUUUGUAGAUUAUAAUUAUUUUUUAAAUUUAACGAUGACUAAGCAUGAUGACAAUAUUUGACAUAUUUUCGUUGAUAUACAUAUUUGAAUGUUUAUUUUAGAUUAUAAGUUUCAAGAAUGUAUUGAUUAUUCGAUGAUGUGUUACUAAUAAACAUGCACUUUCAUUAUUUACUCAUUAAAUAAUAAUUAGUAGUAAUGGAUAAAGUAGCUGGUGGGGUAAUGGCUCAGUGGUGGACCGACGCUUAAUAAUAUGGUCACUUGCAAUGGCAUUUUCAGGGAGGGCUGAGGGGACUGCAGCCAACUGAAAUUUCAGGAAAUUGUAAAUUAUUAUUUUAAAUAUAGUUUAAUAUACUAUAAUCUAUAAUACAAUACAAUAUGUCUUAUUUAAGUGAUAUCGCUCUCUCUCCCCCCCCUCAAAAAAAAUUCCUGAAUAUGACUUUGAUAACUUCUAAAAAUAAUUUAGUGAAAAUUUUCCUACGACUAAUAUUAAAAUACGUUUCUUACAAAGAAUGUAAUUAUUGACUAAUAAAUAUGAUAAUAUAUUAUAAUAUAUUUUAAAGGGUUUUAAUAUUAAAAUUGUUGUAUUGAUUAUUGUAACUUUCGAAAAAAUACUUAUAUAAUAAACUACCUACAUAUUCAUAAGAAUAAUAUGUUGACAAAUUGUAAUAAUUUCUAUAGCACCAAUACAUUUCAAUAUCAUACAUAAAGUAUAUUAGUAUGUACCUAUUCCAUGCAUAUUAAAUAGUUUCGAUUAAAUAAUGUAGGUAGUAGGAACUUUAUUGCAGAGGAUGGUUGUAUACUCACUUUAGUGUUUCAGUCCAACUAUCGGCAAAAUAUAAAAAUUACGUUAUUUAGAAUAAUAAAAAUGGCAUAUGGCAUUUAAGUUUAAUUUAUAGUUUAAACACAAAUAAAAACAUUUAAAGAGGAGAAUAAUUUCGAGAACAUUACGUUGCUUUAUUUUCUUAAAAUCAACCAAAAAUACAGUGUUACAGCUUAAAACAUCAAAAGAGCCGAUAUUGGGGAUGGGAGCGAUCACUGUUGUAGAUGAGAAGUUGGAAAGGUAGGACACAUAAGUUUAUUUCAUUUAUAUCUGUUAUCAACGAUAAACUAUUGCUUGAUGAAAAACGAUUCCGAGCGCAGUUCGGUGAUACAUAAUUUGAAGUGCCGUAAUUUUUUGCGAUUUUCGUUUAAAUUUGAUUUCAAAACACUUAUUAUAAAAAAAAAAAAAAUCGUCGUCUGAUGAUUUUGAAAUUUUAACACGUCUAGGUAAGUCCAAUAUAAGUAUUAUUACCAAGUUUCAAGUUUCUACGUCUAUUUUUAACCGAAUUACAGCAAAAAGUUUGAUUCAAAAGUUUUGGCAAUGAUACCGUAAGAAAGUAAAUCAAAAAGCUAAAAAACAUGUGUUUUGUAAUUUUUUGAUUAAAUCAUUUUUCCAUUUUUUCAAACGUCGUCCGUGUUUUUAUAAAAUAAUAAAAUCGUGAAAUUGUACGUUUUCCUACGGUUUUUCCCACUUAAGUGCUUUUAUUAAAACAAAUGGCGUCAAAAAUCAAAAAAAAAUGACUUUUUCUAAGUACAAUUAAGACAACUUGAGCUUUCAGAAAAAGUGCUACACGUAAAAAUCGGAACAAAUUUACUAGGAAAAAACAUGUCCACAGACUAUAAAAAAAAAUAAACAUCUUAGUAUAACCAAUAGUUCCCUCACUACGCUCGGAAUCUAAAACUAACACAGUUGUAUCAAGUUGUAUCAGUUGUAUUAAGUACAAAAUUAAGACGUAAAAAAUUAUGUUUGUUAUUUUAUUAUUAGGUAGGUAUUUAAUAUAUUUAUAUAAAUAAGAGUAGUAAUUAAUUAUACUGAUUAUAUCAAUAUCAUUAUAACUAUAAGCUCUUUUAAUUUAUACCAUAAUCUCAUAAUUGUUACCAUAACUUUUAUGUAUAAUUUCAUAUUGAUAUUUCAUAUGAUCUAUAUGCGUAAAUUUAUUUUGUAAAAUUAUCAUAUUUUUAAUAUGUUAGAUUUUUUGUAAUAAAUGUGUAGGUAUCUCACUCUCAAGCCUCAAGGCAAUAUUGUCCGAAAUGAAACGUACCUAAAAACAGUAAAACUGUAUAAGGUACUUUGAAAUACUAUAAUUUUUUACUUAAUAUCUUCAAAAUCACCAUACAGAGCCGGAUUACGAUCAUAGUUAGAGGAGAAGGUAUAAUAUACUUUUUGCGAGGCUAUUUUACACAAACAAUUUUUUUUUUUUUAAUUCAGGUUUAUCAAUUUUUAUUCGGUGUGUACAUAUUUUAAUAUUGACGACAGUCAUUAUAUAAUUAUAUAAAUAUAAUAUUAUACAUCAAUACAAGAGACUUGUUGUUUUAGAAAAAAAAAAAAAAACAAACAAAUCAUUUGUUACCGACUAAUUUCUGAAAAUUGUAUUAAAUGUUCCAAUAGCAAUUUGUUAAAAUCCCAGGGGCAGUAUCCAUUCUGUCUGGUGUAUUCUCCGGCGUUUCUCAAGGUGAACAUUUAAGUUCUUUUCUUUGCUGUUUAUUUAUUAACUCUAUUGCCAAAUGGGUAACCAAGACACGGCUCCUACUAUUGACUAUAAUUAAAUUACAUUUUUUCUGAAAAUAGAUUUUUCCCGACAGCAUUUCUAACCUUCAAAACGAGUUAGAUAUUUUUCAUGCUUGGGUUCUUCAAUCUUCAUUCGGGAUUAACGCUCAAUUCUAACAAAUGUGGCGUCAUGACUUUUACCAGACGCCGAGAACCCAUUUUUCAUUCUUAUAACCUUGGUCAUACUAUUUAGCGGGUAUUUCUCUUAAGGAUUUCGAGGUUUCUACUCUACCUCUUUAAGUUUUGAAUACCCCACCAAUGAUACGGUUUUAAAGGCCCUCAAAAUAUUAGUUUUUGCCCCACGCAGCUGCAUCAAUACGUUUACUUCUACGUAUUAGGGUAUUAUUAUUUAUCAUGGGUGUAUAAAUAUAUUGUAGACAAAUAUUUAUGUUUCUUUAUUUAUAUUUUUUAAAUAUAAAAAGGUAAAAAUGCGCAGAUACUUUUGCUGGCAUCUUUCUCAAAAGGUGAUAAGCGCCCGAUCGUGUUGUGCUCUUUGUAGGAAAAAAGGUGAAAAGUGUAUAAUGGUGUUACGCCUUGCGGCCCGGCGCUAAAUCCCCCCCUCCUCUUAAUUCAACACCAUCGACCGUCGUCGUAAACUAUUCUAGCACCUGUUAUGCUCUUUAUAAUAGAAAAUUAUAUAAUAAUGUAAUUGACACCACCGUUUAUACCAGUAGUGUAAAAUACACGAGUAUAUAACUUGUUAUUGUGGUUUUCGCAGUUAAAAUUUUAAAAACCAUAUGCCAUAGAUACAUUAUCUCGGGAAUUAAUUUGCAAUCAUCUGAUCGAUAAUUCUGAAUGUUUUGUUUUUACCGAAAAAAAACAAUUAAUAAUAAUUAUCGAUUCGCUCAUUUAUUAUCAGGAUAUUUUUCGUGGUUUUUUCUAAAUAAUCCACUAUGAUAUUAUACCGGAUUAAAUUAUCCGGCGAAAUAAUAAUAAUAUCAAUAGUGUGUGUGUCAAAUUUGUACUCUGGAAUACAUUGUAUUAUGAAGAAAUUGUAGUUUGAUUUGUGGUAUUUAAAUUUUAUUGUAAGCCCAAAAUAAUAUUGUUUUUAUAAACAAGAAUUGAUUAUAAUGACGAAAUGUCAUUUACACGACCUACGUAAAAAAUUACCCAACCAGUACGCACGCAGAACGGUGUUUUUUUUGUAGGUAUAUGGACUAGCCGCGCAUUAAAUUAAAUUGAAAAAAGUCGUAUUCGACCUGUAUAAUAUAUAUCUUCAGACUCGUCAUUCGUGUAGUGUAACUGCAAAGCAAUAGCCCAAGCAUAGGUAUUCAUUUAAUCAAUAAUAAUCAAAAAUAUUGGUACAUUUUUUUGGAUUCUGUCAGUGGUGAUUGCAGGAAACAAUUGCCGGUGUGGAAGGAAAUUGCUAAAAUAUCCAUGCCAUUUGCCCUUUGUAUUGUUAUAAAUCAAUUUAUCACUUUUUUUAAAAUUUAAAUACAAAUUCAAGUUAUUCAUUUUUUUCGGAGGGAGUUCGAAACCUCAAAACCACCUGUGUUCACCACUAGAUUUUGCGAAGAAACAAUUCGUUAUACGUUUUACUAAGAAGUAUGAGUUUUUUUUUUCGCGGAAAACACUUUUACGGUUAGUAAAAAUACCUAAACCAAUUUCUUCAUGUCGUGUACGACUCGUACCAUAAAAGAUGUGGAUUUUCGUCCGACGGUACCUACUCUAUUUGAAAAAAUGUGCCUAAAAAAUAAAAUAAAAUCUGAAAGCAAAUUACGGUAUUUCAGUUAUAUUUCAGUUGAUUUGCGAGUUACCCUGGUUUCGUGGUGAAAUGCCACUAAUACGUAUUAUAAUUCAACAGUUUACCGAGCUUCGCCCUGGAUUGUUUUCUAAUUGCAGUGAUUUACCGUUGCUUUCAGUAUACACACUGAAUUACUCUACAGGGCACAUUGUAGUGACAAGUAAAAAUGUCAAGUAUUCCUGUUACACUCUGCUUGUAUACCGUAUCUUAUCUAAUUUCCCACCAACAACAGUAGCCUACGCACGGUGCGAAAUGGAUCCGCCAUUUUUUUUUCUUUAUUCGCGUAUUGUUACGAUAAUAAACGACGAGAACGUUAAAAACCGUAGUCAAAAAACGGAAUUAUAAUAAUAUGUCAAAUGUAACGCGAUCCCCGGAUCCUAUACCCACGUCAUGACUCCGAUAAUAUUUCGCAACUAUAGUACAGCGCUAUGCUGUCGUACAUAACAAAACUAUUGGUUGGACACUAGGUAUUAUAUUAUCAUCAGUCGAUAAUCAUAUUAUUAUAAUUUUACAUCGGCAAUCGACGGUCGUCGUAGCGUUAACUUUGGCCGCCAGAUGACUCGUCAAAAUGCCUGCCAACUAAAUUAUAAUUAAACGUCGGUCUCAUUUGCUCGUACGCGCGCGCCGUUAUCGGGUUACAGUUUUUUUUUUUUUUAAUUUUGUAAUAGGUACCCAUAUCAUCGAUACCGCGGUCAUAAUGCGUAUAGUGCACAAGUAGCGGCCGCCAACAAUAGUUAAUACGUCCGUUGUAGUACAUCAACUAAUACGAUAUUCAAACGUCUUUAUACUUAUUAUACCUAUUCGUCCGUGUGGUGCACACGGAAUAUUUUAAGACCGACGGUGCCGUCCUCAAUCCGUUAUUGUCGUUUGAUAAUAUUAUCACGUCUGAUCAAUUAUUGUAGUUUAUUAUUUGAAUAUUAUUACGAUCGACGCGGCCGACGAAAAAAAGUUACAACGCCACCGUCGCGGUGGCCGCCGACUGUCGUUUUUAUCAAUUAACGCCGCACGAGAAGUCAGCCGUGCGUUGUCUACGGCGGCAUUAACAGUCAGGAGAGAGGGAAAGACGGAGAUCAACACGCACGGGCAGGCGGUCGUACCGCACGCCAGUCGUCUUGUACGUUUAUAUUUUUGAAUACCAGCCAACAAAACAACACGGAACCGUAGCGGCGUCGUGCGCGUGCAUUUCCUGCGGGUUGCGUUGUACGAUGUUCACUGUUGUAGCUGUUGUAUACGACGUGUCGUUGGCCGUGUGAGAGCGCUGCUGCCGCUGCUGCUGUUGCCGCCAGCCACCGUCGUCACCUCCGCCUCCGUCUAGGCCGUCGCCGCCGGUUCCGUGGCCGCCUUUACGGCGCGUUUCGUGGACGACGGUCGACAAUACGUCGGAUGGACAUCCGCGGAGGACGAGACAGGCGGCCGGGUGACCGGCGCCCCCCCAGGGCCUCAAGGGCCCUGAGACGGCCGCAGUUGUCCGACGAGCAACAACGUAAUCAACAACGAAACGUCAGCACUGAACCGGCGACAACGUCGACACCUGUAGCUUCUCUUGCCAGCUCCUGUAGCGGACCAUCACCACUCCCACUACUACCACUACCAAAGGAAAGGACGCCUCGAUUGCCGCCUCCACCAUCGCCAACGCAGCACCCGGAAAGGAUUCCGCGGUUACCGCCACCUGCAGCGCAAUUUCAACAGGACAGAACGCCACGGUUUUCGCCGCCACCAUCCCAGUCGCAGGACAAAACACCGAGGUUGCAGCCGCAAUUGCAGUCACCGGACAAAACGCCGCGGUUACAGCCACCAUCGCAGUCGCCGGACAAGACACCGCGGUUUCAGCCGCCAUCAUUGCAUUCGCAGGACAAGACAUCGCGGUUGCAGCCACCAUCGCAGUCGCAGGACAAGACAUCGCGGUUGCCGCCGCCACCGGUGCAGUCGGAGAGGAGACCAGUUCAGCCAGCGCCGGAGAAAUGCACCCGGGAAGCCACGGAAGACUGUGUAGAAGCAACGGCGGAUGCAGCAGGAGAAGGAAAUGGCGUGACGGACGAGACCGAACUGUUGGCCAAACUACGGUGUACCAGCGAGAGUGCCGAGGUGGUCGCCGAACGGGAAAAACGACGGCAACGACGACGACGUUGUCCCGACUAUCCCGGACUGGCGCUGUCCAGUUCCGUGUUCAGCACGGAAACCGGCAUGAAGUUCAGCAUCAUCCGAAACGAACUGCACAACGUGCUCAAACCACAACUGAGACGGGUAAGUCGCGGUGUCGGCGGCCGCGGUAGACGAUGGGUCGGCUGUCUCUAUUUGUAGCGUAGCACCACAGCUGACUGCGCGUCACCGCCGCCGCCGCCGUCGUUGGCCAGUCCCCCCCCGUCAACGUGGAACCGCGGGUUCUCAACCUUUCGCCGCCGUCUCCGUUGUAGUCCGCACCGCGGCCGGUACCGUCCAACAGAUGUCCCCCCGGUCUUUGACGUGCGGAGGACCGCCCCUUCGUGGACCCGGAACGCCGUGCUAUUUCGGUUCUCCUCCCGUCCGCUCGUAUCCCAGAUCCUAGGCGACGAAAGAGCCGUCGGGUUUUCGAUCUUCAUUCCGUCAUUUUUAACGACCACUGACUGGUUAAACGUAUAAUUAAACGCGGUUGGCGCGGUGCCGACUAUCCGCACACGGCUGCGGCGGCGGCUGAGUAUUAUAAUAUUAUGGAAGCCCACACCGCAUUCCGGCAGACUGACUGUUCGAUGGCAGCAGCGAAAACAGAUGCUGCUGUCAUCAACCUUACAGAGGUUUUUUCAUUUUUUUUUUUUUUUUUUAUAUUUUUAUCAUCGAUACACAUAAUAACAUAAUUUAUUAUCACUGUAAAGGCCCACUAAAUUAUUAACGAUGCGACUAGGUAUCCGAUGUUUACGACACGACAGCAACAUUAUUAUUGUUAUUUCAUUCGCCGUGUUCAUACGUUGCGCGUGUAACAUCGCCGCGGCAAAUUUUCUUGUUUACAUUUUUAACGUCCCGGUACGUUUUACGCCCUUUCGUAUGAACACAUUUUGCGUUCUCUAAAACGCACUAGAUUUUGUCCUGCUGAGGGAGUAGUUAUUUUCCCACGUCUUGAAAAAUUACGACGCCCCUUUUCAACGCGCCCUCUAAAUACGUCCCCGAUCGCCCAUUACUCGUGUUUCCGGAUAGUGCAGCGUAAUUUCAUUUUUCAUACCGUACCGACCACUUGAAAAAAAUCGACCGCGUCGUCCGCGUUAACUUAUAACAAAUAAUAUUUCCGUGUUCCGUUUCCAUUCGAUUUGUCGGUACUCACAUAUUGUAGUGGGCCUGCCUACGCAAAUAAUACUGCGUCGAUUAAUGCGCUUAUUAUUGUUAUUGAAACGUUCGUUCGUGAUGGGCCCAAUGGUCUAUGGGAAGUCGCAAAAAAUAAGUUAGCACGGUAUCGGUAUUACAGGCCUCUGUCUGUAGGUACGUAUAAUAACAGGUGUGGCCAAUCGAGAACAAACCCGCGUGACCGUCACAAUAUUACAAUACACGAAUACUAUUGACAUGCGUUGUGAUUAUUAUUAUUAUUAUAGUCUCGAACGUAACGAGAAAUAAACUAACGCGGUGGUUUUUAGGGGAAAAAGAAAAACUAAAAAACACUCUAUAGUUUUAUGCGGUUUUUUUUUUUUUUUUCCUCUAUUCUACUCGUCGCACAGCCCGUAAAACCGUCGUCGGAUCAAUAUUACAAUUACAUCAUGCGCCGUUGACGCGAUCCCGUAAUAAUGGCACGGGUACCCGUCGCGUGUUGGUGGGGGGGGGGCGUCCACGUACAACGCAAUCGCGUAUUGCGCGUUCGAAACCGGGUGGCGCGAACGGAUGUCCGAAAAAAUGCCGCGUUGUACACUCAGUUGAGAACUGUUAUUUAACAACGGUUCGUUAUAUAUUUAUAUACAUAUAUAUAUAUGUAGGUGGUAGUGUUAUAGCACGUAACGACGUGUGAAAAAAUAACGGUGUUUGUGUGGUGAUUGUCUUUGCAGGCAUGUCGUGAAGAAUAGAAAAAUCAAAAAAAAAAAAAAAUCGCACUUUGGAAUUCGAUUUUUAUGGCGCGUGUUAGCAGCCGCCUUUUAAUUGGCGCGUGCAUGCACACGUGUGCGUUUGAAACGGUUUUCUCAUUCGCAGUGCACCGUAGCGAUACCGGCGCGCGAGGCAUGCUCGCCGAUUGAAUAUUACGAAAAAAAAACAUAACGAAUGCCUAUUAUGUAUGAAAAAAAAAAAAAAAACCCCGGAGUUAAUCGGUUUACGGAUAACGCAAUAUUAUUAGGUUUUAUACACGCCUAUAAAUACGACGCGAUAAAACCGAUGAAUUUACGGUUUACGCGAAUUCCUCGUUCGCCGCGCGGCGAUAAAAUUGUUUCGGACAAAUCACUCCGGGUACACAGUUCGCGUAAAAUGACAAAAUAACCAACGAUAACGUUUACAAGUCCGUCGCGCGGUUUGUUUGUUUUUUCUUUUCUCGGCGGAAAACAAAAAUGUUCGUUGGCCGCCGUAACGGUGAUAUCUUCAAAAUGUCUCGGUCCGCGUCGCACGAACAUUUUCUUCUUCUGCGUAUAAUAAAACGUAUUUACAGAUAAUCGGGCGAAAAUUACGAUGACCGCCGUUGAGCCUUGAUGCGAUUUCGUCUGAUCAAUGUUUAUGCCAGUAGUUACGUACACACCCACGACAACGGCAACGAACCAAUAUAGAAUAACUGUACCCCCGUGUAUUCUGCGGUGAUACGGCGUUGUUAUACUUCAGACGUUGUUUCCGCCGCGCAGAGACGGCAAUAAUGUGUAUUUAAAAAAAUGACCUCACACAAAUAGUCGACGUAUUAUUCGGCAGUCACCGCGAGAAUUUCGUCUAAUCGACCGGUCCGUUAGUAUAAACAGUUUCGAUUAUGGCAAUAAUUAUACUUUUGAUAUUAUACGAGUCGAAACCAUUAAAAAAUUUGCAUUCGUGCCAUGUACGUAAUCGUCGGCGGUUUAUACUCGGUAACGAUUCGUAAAGGAUAGGAAAAAAAAAAAUAAUAAAUAAUAUUAACCAUAAGCAUAUUUUCUUAAUUAAUGUUGUAGCUCUGCUAUUCGGGGAGGGGCUUGAGCCGCCCACGAUAUUGAUUAAAAACAAAUUACGCGUACUUUGUUUUUUAUGACUCGGUGGUCUGGUUUUUUUCCGGCGGAACAGCGGAAGCUCCCUGCUCCGAUUUAUAUCAUAUUAUUUACAAAUGUAAAACUUAGUGCUUUCAAGCAUAUUUCAAAAUAAUGUAUACGGUUUCCGAUCGCGUUUGAAUUAUCGGGUGGGUAUAUAGGUAAACGGACGCGUUCAAUGUUUUGCGAUCGUUAUUCAGUGUUUCUGCGCACGCGGGCCGUACACAGUGGUCCAUCCUAUCGCACUGCUGCGAAGCUCGUUACGAUUAUUUCAACAAAAAUAAUAACAGCAUAGCAUAGUUUUCCAUUCGAUAAUACUCAAUGGCCGUUUUGUAUUUUUUAAAAAUUCACCGCCAUUUCCGGUGAAUUCAAUUACCAUUACAACGGGGGGUUGUAAUAUUUGUAACGGGGCGCCGCUGUUUUUUUUGUGACCGUCGUCACUCGUUAAUUAUUAUUUCUCGGUGUCGUCGAUGACGCGUUUUUGCGUUAAGGCGUGCGUUUCGAAACCGACGGUCGGGGCACGACUCGCGGUCGACGGAACCGGGACACCGGCGAUCGUGUCCGUCCCGUAUUUGGCGACGAAACUUUCGUCACACGCGUGUCAGUAGCACACGGCCCUUAAGACGAACACGGUCCGGCGGUACGUAAACGGCCGGGUUGCGCAACGUGUUUGCGAAUAUCGUCGUGCGCCAACAAUAUUCAUUAAAAUUUCUCCGAGACCUCCCGGUUAUUUUUUUCGCCCCAUUUCGGGACGCGAGAGCUGUAGCGCCGCGGGCAGGCGCGGGAGAGCGUUUCGGGAAAUAAAGCGAGACGAUGAUGACGAGUGAUGUCAAUACCGGUGAGAGAGGUUAGGGGAAAAGCCGUCGCCGGAGACGGUCUCGCAGCUUGCGCGCACACGCGCGCACGCACGCGUUCGUCCGGCUCAACCAGUUUGAAAUAUUUUUGCGCCGGCCGGUCAACGCCAAAUACGAACAAAAUUAUCACCACCGUCGCCGCCGCCCCGCCCCGACACGGCGAAAACCGGCAACGUCGCCCGCAAGGCCACCGCCCUGACGACGCCGCGCCACCGCCGGCCGUCACCUUUCGAGUACCGGCGGUGCGGGCGGGCAGGGAACGCGAUUGCUCGCGCGCGCGCGCGCGCGCCGUGUAUGACCCGUGGUACGUGUGCGAGUGCGUGUGCGAGUCUGAUUGUUAGUGCGUGUGAACGAGCGAGUAUUGUGUUCGUCCGACGAACCGGCUAUUAUUGUGUAUAAUAUAUAGUUGGGUUACUGGUUGGUUAGUUCGGUUGGUUGCUGCGGCAGGCUGUAAUAUAGUGGUGUGGUGUGUGUGGCUUCUGCAGUGCGUCCCGUAACCGAACGCUGCACGUAACCAACGUAAACUCCUGGUCGUUGCCGUCGCUAUUCGUCGGCCGUUGCACAUUAUAAGUGUUAGUUGUUUGUGCGCGCCGCCCGUUACCGUACGUCAUUCCCGUUGUUUGCGACCGGCUUUUUAUUCUCUUCCCGACCGUGUUUCCGAUUUUCCCGAUUUCCGCCGUUCACCCUCGUAGGCGCGCCGCGUGUAGUUUGCGCCCGACGUAUCGUCGUUAGUGUUUGUGCUUUCGCGCGCGCGUUUUUCGGCGACGCGAGACCCGUACAUACGCGCGGGGAGUCAAUCAUGACCACCAUACAGCAGGGCUCGUUGUUAGACGUGUUGAAGAAAAAAAUGCGUCAGACCAAGGAGGAGAUGGAGAGGUAUAAGGAAGAAUGCGAGGAUUUCCAUAAAAAACUCCAGAUGGAGGUCAUGAGACGCGAGGAAGUACGUGUUGCGUUUCGCUGAUCUUUAAUAAUAAUAACAAAUAACACGAUUAGUGUAUCCAUCCGGGUGGGUAAAUACCAUUAAACGCUCGGACCAUCGCGACGGUCGAGGGGCUGUACGUCGUCGCCGUCUCCGUGGUUUAUUCGGGCAGCCGUCCGGACUUUUUGUGGGCGCCCGCACCGCGUAGGCAGGUUUCGACUGUAAUAAUAUAUUAACGCGUGUCAACGGCUCAUCGUCGAAACGAAUCGCGUUUUUUUCUGCGUGUCUCGAAUGACUCAUUGAUACGAGUGGGUGGCACAGCCGUACAGAGAAUCUUGGGUAUUAUUCUGUCUUACAUUUGACGUAAAGUGGGCACUUAACCCGUAUGUUCAAAUAAUAUAAAAUUGUAUCUAGUUUACUUUUUAAAUACAACCACCUAUUUACUUAUUAAAUCCUAUCUUUAUUUGAAAUUUUUUUUUUUAUCAAUUCAUAAUUUUGGUUAGCAAUUUGUUAUGGGUAUUGUUUGUUUAUUUUGACACUAAUUUUCUAACAAAACAAUCUAUAAGUACCUAUGUGGCAACAGAAUUUUAUCGGGUAUUAUUCAGGUGGUUAAUCAUUAAUCAAUAGUGUGUAUGACGGAUUACAGAAUACCAAGAUUCUCCCAUUAUUUCCCAUGAUUUUUUUUAUUAGAUUACCGAAGAUUUCCACCAUUUCCAAAUAUGUGUACACUGAUUCCCGUUAAUGAUUUACUCUCUGGUAUUAUCAGAUGUAGGCAUUACCAUUUCAAUCUGUGUUUAUCUAAACUUGAUCAAACAGAGUACCUAUAUAAUUGUUGAGAACUGUGUUUAUCUUUAAAAACCUAAAACCUCACCUAAAACUUUGCAGUUUAUAUGCAAUUUUUUGUUCCACAAAUGACUUAGAUACAUACUAAUUUUAUUUAUUGUACCAAUAAAUAUCAGCCAUAUAAUAAUAUUAUUUAUUUAAAGCCAAACCUUUAAAAGAGAUAGGCAGGUAUGUUCAUUUGCUUUGGUGUUUUGGAUAAAUAUUGUCAAAGAAUUUGAUUUUAUUGUAAUAAUUAUGGAUAGACACCUACCUACCCUUUUUCAUAGAAAAUUAUUCAUGCAAUUUAUUUGUUUUGUUAAUUGAUUACAUUUAUCUAAUACUUCAUUUAGGUAGAGUAGGUACUAUCUUCUUGAAAUUUAAACAUUUUUCAUUACUCAACACAUUUACUAAAGUUUAGUUUCUAUUAGAAAAACCGAAUAAAAUUGUAUGUAUCUAUACAUGUAAAAGUUAAACAGCUGCUUUUCCUAGAAAUGUUGAAAAUAUUGUUUUAUUGUUCAAUUAAUUACUAAAUAGAUUGAUUAUCUUCAAAAGUUUGUAUAAUAUGCUUUUGUUUCUCUGAUACAUGAUAUAUGUACUCAUUUUUUUUUAUUAAAAACUAUGAAAAGAUUUUAUUUUCAUUGUUACUAUCAUCUUAUUUAUAUUAAAAUAUUUAAACGCUUAAAUAAAUGUAGUUUUCUAGUUAAAAUUGAAUCGACAUUAGUCAUCUUAUGAAAUUCUGAUUAAAUCCAGCAAUUUGCGAUAACUAACCAUAAUAGUAUACUAAUAAUCAGAUAAUAAUAAUUAUUUUUGAAGAUAAUACAUGGAACUCUUUAUUUCCAUCUAUUAUUUGAGACAAAUAUAAUUGUUUAUAAAUUAGUGUUGAAUGUUUUAUUGAUUAUUUAAAUUAUUAUUGUUUAAAAAGAAUUUCAGCUUGUGACGCUGAUCUUAUUAGUCUUAUAUCUUAUCAUUGUAUGGUAUUUUUGUAUUUGUAGUGAUCAUAUCUAUCAUUAUUAUCAUUAGAAUUAUGAUAUAAUUGAUUAAAUAAUAUCAAAAUUUAAUGAGUGCAUUGGUUUUAUUUAUGCUAAUUGCAUAUCUAAUAGUAUUUAUAAUCAAUUAAUUUUUAUUAAUUGAUUAUAAAUAUUAUUUACGUCUCAAACAAAUAUAAAGUUAGUUAUUUUCGAGUGAAAAUUGAAUGUCAUUCGGUAAAUACAUCUAUUAUAUUACAUAAGCACAAAAAUUGGAGUCAAUGAUUGAACAGUUAGCUAUAUAUACUUAAAAUUAAGCUGAUCAUUCAAGGUUAUAUCUGGGACGAAGAGGCGUGAUGAAAUAAUUUAUCUCCCAACAAUGGGUUUCACGUAUGUUAAAUAUAAUAAACUGCCUACUGUGAAUUCAGGAAGUUACGGCCUAGGUUGGGUUUCCUGUUAAUUUGGUAUUUUACACCUGCCUAUAUAUACCUGUGUGAUAUAUGAUAUAUAAAUAUAUAUAAUAUAGGUGUACCUAUCAUUGUUCACAAAAAUGAUUCUGUAUAAAAUAGGUAUACUUAUAUAGAUCCAACAAAAUUCUAUUAUUAAUGAUAAUCCCCAGAAUUACCCCUAUAAUUUUUUAUACCUACAAAAUGUUUUUACAUUAUUUUUUUGUUUUUAGGCUGAGAGUGAAGUUGCUGCACUCAAUAGACGUAUCCAAUUGUUGGAAGAGGACCUCGAAAGGUCUGAAGAGCGCUUGGCCACGGCCACUGCUAAGUUGGCCGAGGCAUCUCAAGCUGCUGAUGAGUCUGAACGGUAAGUGUGUGUUAAACAUCUGUCAAAGGUUUUAGUAUUUUCAGGAUUCUAGGGCUCAUACAAAUUUUAUUCUAGAUUACCUAUAUUUUUUGUAUUUUGAUCUCAACAUAAUAACUAUGAUAAAUUAGUAGUUCCUACAUGAUUCAAAUAAAUGAAAAAUAGUGUACAUUUUAUAAAUGUACUCGUAUAAUAUUGGUGGAUCAAUAUAAUUUGAUGAGAUUCAAAUUAAACCUUUUUCCUUUUAAAUGAAAAGGUUCUAAGUCUGUUACUAAAUAAAGAACAUAGUAUCUAAUAUUAUAAUGUUUAUGUAUAAGCAAAUUAAAAAAUUACAUAAAUUGGUUUGUUGAAUAUAAUAGAAACCAUUAUAUUCACAUUAUCUUAUAUUGAAAGUAUUUUAUGUCAUCUAUUAUAUCUGGUAGGUAAGUUUGCAAUAUCUAUCUGACUAAUAUAUUGUGUGUAACAUAUACAUUAACGGUUGUUAAUGUGCUCAAUUGUUUAUGACACUAAAUAACUAACCUCAAUAAAUUCUUAUGCAUAAUUAUUUUAAACAAUAUUCAUUCAAUGCUUCAAAGCAAAACAAUGUCUUACUAUUCUUUAUAACUCAACUUUAUAAAAGAAUAUAAAGAAUAUUAGGUAGUUAAACUUAUGCAUAUGUAAUUUUCUAUCUAUGUAUUUUUAUAUUAAAUUUCUGAAUUUUUCUGUUGAUUUGAAUUUUUAUGUUAGCCAUUUAGAAACAAAUAUUUAAACACACCACACAAAAUGUAAUGCAAUCUCAAUAUGUAUUUCUUGUGUAUUUUCUAUUACUAAUUUCUAUAAUGUACCAAUGUGUUUAAAAUAACCUUAACAUAUUUUCUAAUUCUAAUUAAUACUACAUCAUGCAUGAUAUUUUUGAUGAUUUGGAUUAUUAGUUGUUAAACUUUCUGAUUUUAAAUGUAUUUUUAAUACAAAUUUUAUAGUGCAUACCCACAUUAAUUUGUUGGUAGGUUUUAAUUAUUUCAUAGAAAUUUGAUUGUGCAUUAAUUUAUACUCUAUUAAUUUGUUGGUAUUGGCCAUUUAUAUAUUAUUGUAAACUAAUUUAAUUUUUGAGUUGCUUAACUCUUAUGCUUAUUCAAAUUAUACAAGUUUUGUUCGUUGACUGGCCAGGGAGAAAUAAUUAUUUUGCAAUUAUUAUAGCUUAUUUUAUGAUAUUGCACCAAAAUACAAUUAUUAUAAAUAAUUCAUAAGAUAUAAAUUGUGAAAACAGAAAAACCUUAAUUCACUGAAUCAAUACAUUUAUCAGUUUCUAUACUCUUAUAAAUGAACAUUUACUAUUAAAUUAUUGAUUGAGUUUAAAAUAGAUAAUGAUAGUAAUAAUUUAUAUAAAACCAGUAAUAGGUGUCAAAAAAAAAAAAAAUAAAUAAAUAAAUAAAUAUUACUUUAGGUACUAACUUAUUUCCAAGCAAAAAAUAUUAGUUUGAAUUUAAUAAUAUGUAUGCCUACCAACUAAAACCAUAACUCUGUGUGUGCAUCCGUUUGAUGUGUUGUUUGUAAAUUAAAAGGAUCCGAAAAGCAUUGGAAAACCGAACAAAUAUGGAGGAUGACCGAGUAGCCAUUCUCGAAGCUCAAUUGGCACAAGCCAAACUCAUUGCCGAGGAGGCUGACAAAAAAUAUGAGGAGGUAAAAUAACAUAUUGUGUUUAUUUUUCUGUAAUAUUGUGUGUUAAUGAUUUCAAAUAUUGUAUUUGCAACCAAAUCCUAAUAUUCCUCCUGAUAAGCACAAAAACACGACGUGGCUACACGGUAUAUUCUGUAGGUAUGGUUUAUUUAUAAGGUUAGGGAAAUAUUGAAGUUGAUAUUUGUUAAGAGCUACUUAUAAUAUUAUUACAUAGAGAUUACUAAGGUGUGUGUAUAUACAAUGUAUAUACAUAAAAAAUUAAAUGUUAGGCGUAAUUUGAACGGAAAAUGAUGAGGGAGUAACUUAUUAUUAUUGUAUUGGUUGGGAUUUAUAUAGUGCUCGUAAGGUGUUGGAAAACCGCAGUUUGGCCGAUGAGGAACGUAUGGAUGCUUUGGAGAACCAACUUAAGGAAGCCCGAUUCUUGGCUGAAGAAGCCGAUAAGAAAUAUGAUGAGGUGAACGACAGUGUGUUACUAACACUAUUAAAUCGUUAUCUCACUUAAAUUAUUUUACUAACAAAUAAUAAUUUUUGAAACUGUCAGUUAUGCACAGUUGAAGUAAUACACAAUAUAAUGUUACACACCGUGUACACUCAUAGUGAUCCUAUGCGAAAAAAUGAAAGAAAUGGAAAAUGUUUUUUUAUACUAACAACUUGUUAAAGAACGUCGGUGAAACAAAAUCAUUAUUGUUUUUGCUGGCGGUACUUUUAUUUUUGUGAUAUUUGUUGGCGAGCAUGCACAACCAAUAUUUUUUUUUUUUUUUGUGCGAGUUUAAACCUGUUUUUAAAUGCUUUAUAAAAUUUAAGGAUGUUUUAUUGAUCCGUCUAAAUGAGAUAUAAUAUACUUUAUUUUUAUAUCGAAUCCGAGCAUAAUGGUAAUAAUAUCGAAUUUUUUUAUAAUUAAAAUAUUAUUAAAUUUAUAAAUUUCAUUGCGUUAAUAAUAAUACUGUUGUCUGGUCGGUUUUUUUUUGUCUGUUAUGUUUUUAAAUAGUAUAGAAUGUACUAAUGCAAAAUUAUUAUAUUACCAUCUCGAAGUGUCUAAUUUUUGAUUUUGUAUGUUUUAAUGUACAUUUUGUUAUGGAAUUCAACAAAAAUAAUAAAAUAUCUAAUAUAAGAUAAAUAAUAUCAUGUAUUUACGAUUUUAUUAUAUUAUAUCUUUAUAUGCUUUAAUAUACAAUUUAUGUUGAAGGUUAUUCAAUUCAAAAAUAGCGAAAUAUAUUAUUAUAAUAAGCGGUUAAAAUCAUUUUGUAUGAAGAAAUUGUAUCACCACCGUGUAAUAUUUACCUAUAUAUAAUAUUCAUACAGUAGAAACUGUUUAUAAUGACAUUCAAGGGAUUAGUUAAAAUUAGUCACAAUAACUGAUUGCCAUUGUAAUCAAGAUAAUAAAAUAAAAUUAAAAAGUUAUUUUAUUAUUAAAAAUUAAAUUUACAUUGUAGUAAAAAAAAAAAAAUUACAUUCAAUAAAAGUUUAAUACAGUAAUUAUAGAUAACAGAUUUUUUUUUUUAAUAUAACCAAAAAUAACCGUGUGUAUAGUCAUCGUACAGACAUCUUAAUAAUUCGAAACAAAUUAGUACUUAUAACAAUACAUGCGUUUUUCCGGGACUUUCAAUCUAAGUUCAUUACACCACAUAUGUCACCACAAUCUGUGUCAUUAUAAAUGGUAUCUACUGUAUAUAAUACAUAUAAAUUACAUAUAUUAUAUUUAACGUGUUAUAUUUAUUAAAUAAAAUAUUAUGUUUUUAUUUAUAACAAACAGAUUGUAUGAUUUGUAACGAUAAUAAUAAUAAUACUAUUAGAAAUUGUAAUAUUAUAGUAAUUUUAGUAAGUUUAUUACCUACUGAAAAACAAACGGGUUAUUUUCAAUUUGGUACAUAUCUAAUAUUUUUGAGUGGUUGUUUGAUAUUUUAUUUGUCUUUUGUAACCGAAUAAAAAUCAGUAUUUCUGUUUUAAAUUAUAUUUUGUUUGUAUUACCUAUAUUAUGUUAUUAUACUGUUUUCUAAAACCGUAUAAAUCAUGUCGACUCUAAAACACUCGUGUAACAUUAUGUAUAGAUCAAUGGCAAUUUUGACUAUGUGACAAAAUUCUUACAACUGUCAAAACAGUUAUAGUUAACGCACUGGCGGACGAGUGUUUCGAUUCAUUACUAAUGGAUAGUGUGGUGUUGGUUAAAAAUCAAAACUACCAAAAUUAAAUGGUUUGCUUAAGGUUCUUUGGCCAACAAAUUCAUAGUGGUGUUUAACGGUUUCUUGUAGCUCGAACUAUAUUCGUAUUGCGUACAGUAAUUCAUUUCAUUUAACUUAUCUUUUCCCAGAUCCGGAUCCAACGUCUUAGGGUUUAUCGCAAUCUUUUUUCCCAGUGAAAUACGAAAAAAAAACCCAAAUAGAUUCCGGUUUCUAUUCGAUUUCAAUUGACCGUACUUGAAUUUUUAACGAUAUUUUCGCUGUCAGUAUUUUCUACAAGUUUCCUUGGGGUUACUGUACGAGAAAAUUUCGCUAAACAUAUUCCUUUUUAUUAAUUGUUUUCCACUAUAUUUUAGAUCAAUUUUUUAUAAACUGUUUGAAUAUUUUUUAAAUCGGACGCUGAUUUUAAAGCCUAUUUACGUGCCUAACAUCAUUAGUUUUGUAUUCGGUUCUUCCUUUUUGGGUGAAAAAAAAAUCAUUUUUUCUUUAGACAAUACUUUUACAUGGUAAAAUAUUUAACAAAACGCGUUAUUUUUGAGUAAUUAAUAGUAGUAAAAUAGCAAUGUUCGUUUAUUCACCGAAGGAUAUUUGGUUGUUAAAACAAAAUAUUGCCCAUUGUGGUGGUAGAUAGGUACUCUGAAAAAUAAAAAUACUAUCACAUAUUAUGAAAACGAGUUUAAUCGGAUUUGAUAAUGAAAAAUAAAAAGUAUACGCAUUUCAAGUCUUCCUGUAUUCCCGAUGGUUUUUCGCGUUAACAACGAACGCGAACGUUAACCGUCAAUAUAGUAACGCGUUUACUAAUAAAAUACGAUUUUUACGCCGUUCUUAAGAUUUUUCUAUAAUAUCGAUCUUUUUCAAGAUAUUUCUUCGAAAAAAAAAAUUACGGGUUUUUUGUUGUACGUUUUAACGUAAUACCAAUUUCGUUUUCAUAUCCGCUUUUCUGAUAAUUUUUUUUCCGAUUUUUCCAAUUAUUAUAAAAACUUCUUGGUAAAUUAAUAAAUGACCUCCCUGACGCAUCAACUAGAUAAAACUUCAGAAAAAUGCUGCAUUCGAUACAUCGGAGCAAGAAGCAAGAUUUCUGGUAGAAAAGUUGACACCCAAAAAAAAAUGAACACGCAUGCAAAAUUAGUAGUUGACUCGCUAAAAAAAUAUUCAAAACGACACGACAUUAAACUUUUUAAUACUUUAACAAUAAAAUGUUUGGUUGGGCAGCUGCCCACCCUGCCCGUACGCUAGAACCGCGAAUGUAUAUAACGGACAUUUAUCUUUUUCCUGUUACUUUUGGAUAUGUACUUUUAGCGGCUCUCCAAAUGAACUCGAACUCAGAAAUUAAAUUGUCGUUUUAGGCAUUUUUGAAGUUAUAAACGAGUCCGAUCUCAUUUCACCUGCAUGUUGUUGCGAGGAGAACCCAGAGAGAGUGGAUUUUUUUUUGAGCACCCGUAUACACUCCCCGAAUGAGUACCGAGAACGUGUGUUUUGGGGGUUUCAACUUUUUACCCCCGCGCCUAAUAUUUGUACUAUCGAGUUUCACCAUUUUUUUUGGAAGUAUAGUUGUAGUGUGGCGGAGGGAAAUUUGGCUAGUGACAGAGCUCCGCCGCUGACUGGGUGCAUUUUUUUCAAAAUAAAUUCAGACAAAAUUCCGACGAGAAUUUAACAUUCGUUUGCUUUAAAAGUCCGAUCGCCAAAAACUGGACGAGAAUCGUUAGCGCGCCUAAACAAUCGAAAAAAUGUGCGAAUUAUUGCGAUUUUUUACCGGACUCCGUUUUCGACGUUGUUCCCGCGACGUGGACAUAUUAUUAUAAUUUCAUAACUCGCGGCCGGGUUAUAAGUAAACGACAAUAUUUCCCGCGGAAUACGCAAUUCCACGUCGUUUAUUAUCGUAGUCUUUUGCGGCGGCGUACCGGAAAAAAAAAAAAAACAAUAAACAUACCUGUAUUUCGUCGUACAUUUCUGUGUUUUGUCGAAUUUUCGAGAGCGGACAGACUUCAUUGGUCUGUUCUGUUUUCUCUUCUCAAACGUAUGCAUUUAUCCGAGCCUUCCGUAUCGGAUAUUAUGGCGUAACACACGAGCGUGUAUCGUAAUAUCGUUCAAUAAUUCUCGGGCCUCCCGUAAACUUUUUCCGCGUCACGCUUUUGCGUCCGUUAUUUUCUCAAUUGUUCCCUCCCCCCUCGCCCCCCCCCGAAAUCGGAACACCCGGGAAUCGACGAUUAGUAGGUGUGCCGUGUUUAAAACGGCAAUACCAUUCAGGCCGGUCGCAAAACGCGCAUCCGUACGGGGACGAAUGAGACGUCGUCGAGCGUGCCGUGCGGCGCGCGCGUGAUCAGUCGUCAGUUUUCGAGAAUCCGGUCCGUCCGGGGGGGUACCGUACCCGUCGUUUCGCACGCGAGCGGGGGGAAAACAACAAUGUUAAUGGCGGUUACCGUGACUGCGGCUGGACAACAUUUUUCGUCGGUAGGUACGCGGGCACGACACUCAACGGUGACGUUGUCGCCCGAUUUUACGUGUGCGCGUUUUUCGUCGACAAUAUUUUAAUUGUGUAACGAGAUAUUUAAUACACGAACCGGAAAAUGAUUAACAAAAAAAAAAAAAAAUAAUAAAAUUAACCGGUUUCGAAGCCCGCCCCCACGCAUACGAAAAUUCCGUCGGCGCGACGACCAUUUUUUUUUCUUGGACGUCUAUAAUCUCGGCGGCACAAAAAUUCGGGGGGAAAAUAACACGCCGUCGGCCGAAUCUCGUAAUAUUAUUUUCAAUCGUUAUGUAUCCGCCGCCCAUAUCAUCGUCCGCCUAAAAAUACUUUGGUACAUUAUAAAACUAAACCGACUGCCUUUUUUAAUAUAUUUUUUUUUUUUUUUUACUCGCUCCCGAUCUUUUUUCAUAUCAAUAACCAACCCGUGUACAUUUUCGAACAAUUUUUUUUUCCACACUUGUUUUCCUUAUACGAUCAAACACUAAACGUUAAGAAAGAUAAAAUAGUGAUACUCGGACAACUCGUCGUCGUUCAUCAUUUCCUACACACCGAAUUCGGUACAAAACAAGCGAUAUUUUCGUUAUCUGGCGGUUUUUGAACACCUGCCGGUUUGAAACGAUCUUGUCAAAUACGCCGGUCGUGUUAUUAUUAUUGAAAUAGUAUUGUCGUACGAAUAACAACGACAAAAAACUUCGUUCAUUUACGAUACAUAACUUCUAUUAUUACAUUCCACUUCUAAUGAUGAAAUUUAAAUACAUAAACGACAGUGGUGGUAGCGGUUUAAAGUCAAAACUCCAAAAAAGCGUAUCGUUGAUACUAACGCUAUACCCAUACAAAAUGUUAUCCUUUCGGCUUCAUUAGGGAGAGUCCAUAGUGGUGUUCAAAGCUAAAUAAACACUCUUCUUCCCCAAAAAUGUGUGAAACUUGAUUCGACUUUCAUCAUUAUAAAAUUCAAUGGCUAAUAUUAAUAUCCGGUUAUAAAACUCGAGUUUAAUAUCGUUAGGUCCAGAGGGCGAGCCGUUAAAAGUGUGCAAAAGUACCAGAAUAAAGAUACGUAAUAUUUAUCUUCAGUGACGGGCAGGUCCAGAUUUUAAACCAAAAAAAAUAUUUGAACUUAUGGUCGCAUAUUGGUGAAGGCCUAUGGUAUCUGAAUGGCCACGUGGCAUUUAUGCUAUAUCCGGCCCUUUUUAGUCUCCAGGCAAGAAGGGUUAAAGUCAAUUUUUGGAAUUUUUGUUUUAUUAUAUAUCUAUUUUAACUUUCUCACAUUAUUUUCUGAUCUAAAUUGCAUAUAUUUUUGUAUUUUCAAAACGAGUUCAAAUAGUGUAUUAUUAAAUGAGUUAACGUACAAGUGUAUGUAUUUUCAAAAUUAAAUUUGCUUAUAUUGAAAACUAUACAAAGUUAACUUAAGUCUUUUUUCCCCACAACCAAUGAUAUAUCUUGUUAUAUAUGCAAUUAAAAUUCUGUCUGUUUGGCCGCUAUAAUAUAAUUUUACAGUUUUAUUCAAAUCUAAAUGACAUUUUGUAAACUCUACAUUCACACCAAAAGUGGAAGGUCGCUGUCUACAUUAUAUCUAAGAAUUAAACCUCUUAAAGGGUGACUCAUAUUUGAACAUUACAAAUUGAAUUUAUUGGUCGAUUUUCGGGUUAUCUUGUAGAUGGUACAAUCUGGUUGUAAAAGGCGAAUUACUGGGCAAUAACGAUUUACUGCGAGUGUGGGAACGGGGGGACACGUUAAACAGAAAGAUUUUCAAUUUGAUAUGUAAGACUUGUCGGUUUUUUCAGAUGAGCCCGGAAAAUAUCGGGUAAUUUAACUAAUUACGUAUAGGGAAUAUAGUAGGCUGCAAUAUUCUCUAUUUUCGGUGAAAAUUUUACUAACGAUAAAAAAAAUACGAGCCAAAAAACUUUGACGAGACUCAAAAGCCAUUUACACUCGGGUAAUAUUUUUGUACAGAAAAAUACUAAAUAUUCUUUUUUGAUCAUUCGAUUUUUUCUCCCAAGUUUAGGGGCUAUAGCCUAUCGGUCGUCUUUUUGCAUAACACACCCGACUAAAAGCGUAACAAAAAAAAAAAAAAUAAUAAUGAAACCAAACAAACAAACUGCCGCCGCUACUGUCUUUUUCUUCGUGGCACUUGACACGUUUUUUCGCGUCCUUGGCAGAUUUUUUUCCUUUCUUUCUUUUGGGCCGUCUGUUUUAAUUAAAAUAUAUAAUACGGCUCAUUUAUGCGAACAUUGUUUUCUGACCGGAACGGAACGCGAGAGAAUCGUUCGUUGUUUUAGGUCCGGCGGACGUCAGUCAUAAUUACGUCGGUAGUUUUCGCGUGUUGAACAUUACGUAUAUUACGAUCGUUGAUUGGGCACAGGCUGUUUCGGUGGAAAUAAUUUAUUCGUUAAAAAAAAAAAAAACAAAACCAAACAAACGAAAAACAUCCUUCCGCACACACACACACAGGUUUCCCUCUGCGGUAACAGAUACCCGUUGUAUAUCGAUCGAUAUUUAAACGCUCGGCGGUAUUUCACUAAUUAUUACGCCGAGCUGAAGCCAUUUCCCCCCUUUCCCCCUCCAAACGUGAUGUGCGCGUUCGUUUGGAUUAUCGAAACGCGUCUCGUCGAUCGGAUUGACAAUAUCGAAUGUCCGAUAAUAAUAUACUCUCGAAUCGUGUCGCGGAACACUCUCCGACCAACAGUUUUUAUUUCUCGUACAACAUAAUAAUAUCAUAUUAUUAUAGUACCUAAUACGGUGCGAACGCUGCGGUAGUGUUUAAUCUCGAUCAAUUUGUACGGAAAAGCGGGGGAUUUUUUUUUUUUUUUCGGGCCGGGGUCUUCAUCGUUGUUUAUUAGUUUACGUACACACCGUUGACCGACAUUUGUAAAUGUUAUACGGAGGUCUAUAAUAUUUCGGUAUACGUACAAAUAUUUUAAAUUCAAUAUGAAAUAUAAACUGUUGUUCGUAAAUUGUUGGGAAUUGGUGAGGAUUUGAUCAAGAACGCGUUCGGAAAUGUUCGAUUUAGAGAUUGUAUUAUAUGAUGGACAAUUUUUUCGAUUGAAACCGCCAACAUUUGCAUAUUAUUUUCCGCGCUGACUAUAUAAUGUAUUUCCAACACGGAUAACGGGGCUGGUUGAACCUCGUGAUUUGAAAUUCGCCCUCAUAUAUAUAUAUAAAAAAAAAAAAAAAAAAAACCUGUAUAAAAUCCACUACUGUCCUAUAUCCGGUCGAUUGUGUACGACCAAUAUUGUUUUGAUGUAUCGUAAAUUCGGCUAUAAUAUUCGUUCUUCGUACCCGGUGCUUUACUCAUGGGGUUGAAAUUCGUUCUGGAAUUUCGAAAAUAUAUUUCCCGUUAAUUACAGCGUAUUAAAAAUUAAGUAAACUACCUAAUAAGUUAUUACAUAUUGUUAUAAUUAAAUAAUUUUUAAUUUUGACAGAAAAAAAAAAAUUGUAAAAUUUGUUUGUUUUCUCUCUAUCUAUCGUGUGUAAUUAAUGUAAGUAUAAUAUACUCAACAUAUAAUUAGUAUACAAUCUGUUUGUCAAAAUAAAAUAUGUGUGAAACGAAAUCUACUUUUGUAUUCGCGGCUGGUGAUCGAUUGUGUAAUAUUAUCUAAUACAAUACUGUAGUUGUAAGUUAGAUGUAAUAUUUUGAUGUCGAGUAGUGCAAGUAUGUUAUAUUGUACGAAUUAUAUGUUUUAUUUCAAACGGUUGCCGAGGUGCAGAGGGAGCGUAAAAUGGUUACCCCCUCAUUUGUGACGAAUGAAAAUGAAUUUCGAUAAAACAAAGCGAAAACACGGCGUCGAAUAUCAAUAAAAAAAAAAAAAAAAAAUCGAUUGCAUAUUAUAUCCUCCGAAAACCUCAGACGCCCUUCUCCACCCCGGACACCGGGUCUGAAAUGAACACAGCUCGGAUUCGAUACAGACGUAAUCGAAGCGAUAUUGUAUGCGCAUUGCGACCCAUUGUUUGUGCAGCCCAUCGUUUUUUGUUGCGUCGACACUCUCUCGCAUAACACGUUGAAAUCUAACAGCCGUUUUGGUAUUCGUAUAACGUAACAAUAAUAAUGGACGUAGAUUAUAUUUUAUAUUUAACAUCAUUGUCGUUCCUAAUCAAUAAUCACGAAAAUAACGUGUUAUAUCGCGUUGAUAAUGCAAUAUUACACGCGAUUAUAUUGAAAAGGAAAAAAAAACAAUUAACAUUAUUUCGUUCGUACGAUCGUAGCGCAGGUUUUAAAGAACGCGUACACAGUAUAUGGGGAAAUUGAUCCGAGGCCGCGAGGAAAAUUCUCGUUCGUCGACGGCGGCCAUUUUAAAAACCGCGAUCGCGGAACAAACGACAAAUUAUUGUCCGUAACGCCUGUACGGGUAUUGACCGUAUAUAGACAAUAAAGGAACGGAUAGGCCGUCGCCUGAAACAGUGGUAACCAACUACGGCCCGCGAUCAUUUAUUAAUCGGCCCGCCAAUGUAUUAAAUGGAAAUUGAAAAAAGAAAAUAACUUUAAAUGUCGAAAAUUAACACUCGCGUUAAAAAAAAAACAUUUGUUUAUACUUGACAAUUUUUUCUCAUUUAUAACAAUCAAUACAUAGUGGAUAGUUAAAUAUAUCACUGUACCUAUAUUAAGACGUACCCGCAACAGUAAAAUACAAUAUUCUAUUCUAUUAAAAGUAAACGCUUGAGUUCUUGGCCCGUUAAGAAUUAUUUUUUUUUUUUUUUUAUGGCCCUCUGUAAAAAAAGGUUGGUUACCAUUGGCCUAAAACUUUUGUUUUUUUCUCGAAUGAUGAGAAACUGGGGCGAUUUUUACGGCGCUUAGAAACGUACUAUGCAAUAAUUAUUAUCGACGAUAAUUCGCCUCAGUUGGCCGCCAUUCCGGGGCGCCGUCUCUCUUGACAUUAGUACGUAUAUUGUCGUAUAUCCGCUCCUUUAUCGUCGUAUGGUUUUAAACGGUAUAAAUAAGAUAACCGUUUUAUUAUCGUCGGUUCCGGUAAAAAAAAAAAAAAAAAACCUUUGGCGAAGUUUACCCGUGCUAUAUACUGUAUCUCAUAUUAUGUUCUUUAUACACUACGAUCGGGGCGUGUGCGUUAUUAAUACCUGUUGUGUUGUUUUAUACACCUAUACUAUUAUAUUAUUGUUUUAUUGGUACUUAUUGCUAGAAAUAUUUCUAAACGGUAUAUUUUUUUUUUGUUUUUUUUUUCCUGGGUAAAAUUAUUACAAUUAGGUAGCGCGUAAGCUGGCCAUGGUUGAAGCCGAUUUGGAAAGAGCCGAGGAACGUGCCGAGUCUGGCGAAUCGUAAGAAAUAGACCAAUGAUAAUAUAUUUUCACAUUGCGAGACGAGUAUACGUAAAAAAUGCUCGAGAAAAUCGUUGGAACAAUUUUAUGAUUGCGAUUUUUCGUUGCUUUCCGCUGACUGCAGAGUUUUAUACGCUUUGAAACAGAACAACGAGAUUGUUGCGCGCAUACCGAUAUUAUUUUCAUUUAGUUAUUACACUUUUGGGCUUUAAUAUUAUACGCGUAUACUUUAAUUAAUAUUUUCAAUUUGUCAUGCACAAUUGAAGCUUUAGUUCCAUAUUUUGUAUCGGCAGUUUGGUUUUGAUUUUUUUUUUUUAUUUAAUCGUUUUUUUUUUUUUUUGGUUUGUGUUUUUUGUGUUUUUCUUUUUCUCCGUCCGGUUUUAUUUGUCCAACAACACGUCCUACGCCAUAAUCUUUAUGCGUUCUGUCCUAAAAGACAAACGUUUUCCGUUUUCCUCAUUGUAUUAUUUGUUUUUUAUAUUAGUUGAGUUUUGCAUGAAAUUUUGUUAUCGUUUUUUUUUCUUUUUUUCUAUGUCAAUUGCCAUAUUAGGUCGGCCGUAAAUUGGUUAUGAUGGAACAAGACUUGGAAAGAGCAGAAGAAAGAGCUGAACACAGCGACGCGUGAGUAUUUUAAGUCGUUAAAACAACCACAACAACAAAAAAAAGACAGAAAAAUCACGUAGUUCCAAAAUAAAUUUCGAAAUUCAUACCUUAUAAUACCUGUAUAUUUUAUAUUUUUCUAUUUCGGAUAUCACAUCACUCUUUUAUCUUAUUCAGUUAAACCUAAUAUACAGUUGUAAUCAGAUGACCGUGUUUUUGGUAAGUGUCAAGAAGCAAUUGUAUAAUAAUAUAUCUUUGGUCUCGGAAUGGAAAGGGUUUGAGUCGAUUUUGUAUAAUUUUCAAUAAAAUCAAAUUAAAUGUUGAAAAUUACUAAGUGGCACAACUGUUAAAUGGCCAAAUUAAUAAUUGGCUUAACCUAAAUAUAGCGAUUUAAACGACUCAAUCCAUAUAAUUAUGACGUACACUUUUUUCCAAACAAAAAGUACAUCGCCAGAUUUGAGUUAUUUUAAAUUUAAAGCACAACGCGUAUUUGAAUAUAUUAUACUACAAAACACUUGUUCCAUUUAUCGAAACAUAAAGGGGAACUAAUUUCACAAGAUAUAAUAUUAUAAAUAAAAAAAAAAAUGCAAACAAUUUACCUAAGCCUUUCUUCCCUGUGACCAAAGAUAUUGUAAUUAUUAUGUACAACGCGUACGUAACUAUUGUUGUAUUUUCGCUUUGUUUAAAAGUAGUGUGUGUUGCGUCCGUUUGGCUUUUCAUCGCAAUCAAAAAUUACCAAUCUUAUUAUAAUAUCGUAAAAAUAUCUACUCGUAUCAACAAGGGUUUAUAUAUUUUUUAAUACAAUUCGUGUAUAAUGUAAAAACGACGAACUCUUAUAGGAUUGAGUAGAUAUUUUUAGGAAAAGUAGACAAAUAAUUCGACGAGCCUACGUGGCUGAUAAUAGUAUUAUUAUUAAUCGUGUGGAAAUGAUUUUUCCUUAUAUAGGAAAAUCGUGGAGUUGGAAGAAGAGUUACGCGUCGUUGGCAACAACUUGAAAUCUCUGGAAGUUUCCGAAGAAAAGGUACACGUAUACAAUCCGGUUAAAUUAAUAUUAAAUUUCAAAUUUACUUUCGUUAUUUCGUACCUAAUAUUAUUUUUUUUUAUACAUCAUACGAAAACCUUCGCGAAACAAAUAAUAGAUAAUAUUAGGUAUGACGUACAAUAGUUUAGGUCACUAGAGUCAUGAUAUUUUAUUAUUUAUUAGUAACAACGGUGCGACGGUUAUUUCAUAGUUAUGAUGUGUCGGGUUGGGAUGUUUACGCUUUUGCGCGUUUUUUUAUAUUGUUCUAUUGAACUUUUAAGUAGACUCUUGAAUAAAAAUUGGUUUCAUAACGUCUAAAUUACAAACAUCAAAUAUUUAUAUUUAUAAAUAAAAAGUUUCUAUUUUUAAUUGAUAUUUUAUUUUUCAAUGCAUAUUUAGCUAUUUUUUAGGCGCAAAAGUGCAUACUUACAUAAUAUGUAUUUAUUUUUUAGUGUCUAAACAUCCCAACUCAAGUUAAAUCUUUCCAACUGAAAAAUGUGUAUCUUGCGUUAACACACGGUUAAUAAAAAAAAUAUAUCGUACAACACUUCCGAGACAUCUAACUUUUAUUUUGCAUAAUAAACGUUAACAAUUCAAUUUAAAAAAAAAAAAAAAGCCAUUGGUCAUACGCAUAUAUUCGUAAUAUAGUAUAACAUGCAUUUCGAUAAAAGGUAAUUCGGUUAGGUAUUUUUUUUAAAGAUAUAAUCAUUAUUACGAGUACUAAUUUCCCGACAGGAUACCGUUUAAACGUUAAAAAUAUUAUUUAUUUGGUUCGUCUUAAAAAAAAAAAAAAAAAACAAAAGAUCAUAUUAUUUUAUGUAUCGAUUCUAACUCGUGAUUUUGGACAGGCAAAUCAACGUGAAGAAGAAUAUAAGAAUCAAAUUAAGACCUUGACCAACCGUUUGAAGGAGGUAUUUUAUAGAACAAAACAUAUUUUAACAAGUAUUCACAGGCCGCGUGUGUUUGCAUUUUAGCCUGCUUAAGAAAAAUUAAAAACGAAUGUUUUCGUACAAAAGCUUAUAACAUCGUACCUAUAAUCUUAAUAUAAUAUUAUACAGUUUUGAAUUAUAACUAAACAAAAAGCGUGACACCUCUCCAACUAUAAUAUAUUACACCGCAUCAGAUCACCCGAGAUUAUCAUAUAUAUAUAUAUAUGUAUCUAUAUAUUAUACAAAAUGUGUACUUAAUAAUAACAAAGUUUUAUUAAUGCGUUGUUUUAAUAAUACUUGUGUCUAACUUGAAUUUUUGUUUUGUUUUGUUUUUUUUUUGGUUUUGUUUUUACAAAUUUGAUUUGUACUACACGCUUAACUCACACACAAACACGGCACGUAUAUGUAAAAAAAAAAUAUAUAGGCCACACAAAGGGAAGAAACGUUUGAGGAACAAGUAAAAGGUCUUGGUGCACAACUCAAAGAGGUAUUAUACACUCACAAAUAAUAAUAAUUUUUAUUGCAAAUGUUUAUACCUAUUAUUGUCGUAUAAAUCUUCCGUAUUUACUAUAUUUUAAAGCAAUGUGCGUACGGUUGUGGUGGACGCAUAUUAUAAUGAACACAGAAAGGGUUAUCGAAAGAAAUUCGGGAUCAGCUCUUCCCCCGUGCGCCUGAUCAGGAGAAAAAAACGAUCAAUUCUAAUUCUUAAUGUUCAAUUUAAUUAAAAUUUUAAAAAAAAUCUAUAAAAGGUGUUUUUAGUUCUUUAACGUCACUUGAAAAAUUUUAAUUUUCGUCUUAUCACGUUUCUUACAAAAACCGUCCAUCUUUACUAUAUAUAUAUAAUAUUAUAAUAAUCCCUUAGGCGGGGUCGUCGAACGUUCCUCUCCCGACGGAAUAAUAACGGGAGUGAAACCCUAUAGAAUUGUAUAUAGUAUUUAUUAUUUUGUACAAUAAAUACAAAUUUCAAUAUUCUACGAAAUCGCAACAUACUCGAAUGUCUCGUCGAACACGACAGCCCGAGUUAUUAGAUUAUAGUUGGUAUACUUAAUUUUUUUUUUUUUUUAAUAACAUAACCCUGUUUGAAAAUUUUGUUUGUUUUUGUUAACAUCGAUUUCUGUAACAAAAAAAAAAACCGUUCUCUUAUAACACAAUAUGACGCAUGACGUUCACUUAAUAUUAUUUAAUAGUUGUAUGUUUGCUAUUUUUUUUUAUUAGUAUUAUCGUUUAUAAUUUAUCGAAGAAAUUAAUCGGUACGCGAUUUUUUUUUUUCUACUUCUAGGCUGAAGCUCGCGCUGAGUUCGCCGAGAGAUCCGUGCAGAAAUUGCAGAAGGAAGUCGACAGGCUCGAAGGUGAGUUUUACGUUUCCCUAGCGUAUCAUUAUCAUUAUAAUAAAACUAUAUAUAUUAUCGAAUUGAUGACCUUAUCGGUACGAUAAUGAUAAAUAAUAUUGUACAAGCAUUUACAAAAGGACAUCAACAAUAUCUAAACACGCGUCAUUAGUGACGGGCACACCGAACAACAGUUUACACUGUCGAUUGUUUUCGAUAGUUUGUCGAUGAACUAUCGAGUAAUUUUAUCCGGGAAAUCGUUCGAAUAUUUUGAAUAAACUAUUCGAACAGUUUUUCCCAUAACCGAACAAUUAUUACACUACUAUACCUAUUAUUCGAUAAGUAUUUAAAUGCGAUCAACUAUUAUAUCGGUUGUGCUCGACGCUAGUGAUAGUAUUACGUUGUUAUACCGCGUACAAAAUAUACCUUUGACGCGAGUACAUUUUGAUUGUUUUUUCACCGAUGUCUCAUCCGUCGUCGUGUAUACUUAAAAGUAUACGACGUUUGAGUUUUGAAUUCCGCGGAUAGCCUUUCGCGGCUCUUUCAGUUACACUUAUAUAUUUACGCAAUAAAUAUAUUACCACACCAUCACCCGGCAUGUUUGUCCGUUUAAACAAAUCAAUUCUCGAAAAUACAAUUUUUUUCAACAGGGUAAAUAAUAAGGAUUUACUUUAAAAAAAAAAAAAAAAAAUGUGUUUUUUAUCGUGUUUGAAAUAACAUUGCAGUUUUCUAAUUUUUUUUUUAAACUGUGUUUGUGUGUUUUGCCUAAAGGCCAAAAAAGCGUUUCUAAUAAAAACAAAAAAACAACCGAAUAACGCCAUUAACUCAUUAUUAUACUCGUACUCGUAUAAUAUUACGGUUUGCGUGCAAACCUUAUCAUCAAUUGCCAUAUAAUAUGAUACCGUUGCUCAUUGACGUGCAACGGAUUCUAUUAUUUUGACAAUAGUUAUUAAUAUUAUAUCUAAUCCUUAAUUCUUUUUAUGUUCUUCGGCACGUAGUGUUUUCAUUUAUUUUUUCUUUAUCUAUAACAUAACAUGAUAUGAUUGAUAAUAUGGUAGCAGAGUAGUCUAGUCUAGUUUUUAGAUAUUGUUUUUUUUCUUUUUUGUUUUUUGGUUUUUCUAUUCUUUUUGUUUGUGCAUGUUAGUUUAAAUGUUUUGUUUUCAUGUGUGACGCUCGUGUGUGCGUUUUGCUGUGGACCCGACUCAACACAGACGAUUUAGCCGGCGAAAAAGAAAAGAACAAACAUCUGCAAGAAGAAAUGGAAGCCACCUUGCACGACAUCCAAAACAUGUAAAAUAACAUACCAUCCCGUGUUUUCCUUCCCCCGUCCCGUCUUAGCAAAUUUCCUACAUUCCUCAUUAAACAAAUUGUCUAACAUAAUUUAAUAUUAUUAUUAUUUAAUUUGUUAAACAAUUUUUUAAAUUUUUUAUUUUAUAUAUACUUACUUAUUUUACACUCGUUAUAUUUUAUGUUUGUUUUAACAUUUCCGCACUCCGUACUAACUUCGUUAUUGCACAGGUUCGACAAUACACAUUUUUUAAUUAAUAAUAUUAUUAUACCUAUUAAUUAUAAUUAUAAUGCAAAAUAUAUUGUAUUAUAUUUAUAUUCACUUUGACGCCGGGGAAAAAGGACACCCGAAAUCCAUUUUCGGGAAACAUAUUCGCCUUAAAAAAAAAAAAAAAAAAAAAAAAAUGUUUUUUUAUGUAACAUAGAAAUAUUAUGCCUUAAAUUGUUAUUAUUGUUAGUAUAACAUAUAUGCGAUAGUAUAACGAUAACUAAAAAGGCGUCGUCUCUUCUGUAAUAAAUGCGUUUAUAGAACGUUCGAAAGGGUACUACGGGGGAUUUUCACAGACUUUCAAUAUUCCCGCUCGCAGCCCGAAAACUCAAAAAAAAUUAUUCACUUCCAUUUUCCCCGGUGCCAAAAUAUUGUGUUGCGACUAGUGAUGUGCUUUGGGUAAAUACCCAAAAUGGAGAUAAAUAGAUAUUUUUCGGAUAAGAUAUUUAUUUUGACUGGUAUUCAAAUCGUCUAACUUAGUGGUUUUCAACCUGGGGGUUUCCAAAGAACAUAAACAUCACGCGUAUACUGCGUGUAUCGUAUUAUACAAGUUUUAUUAAAUAAUUUUUGAAGGGGUCGUGUUAACAUAAAAAAAAAUAAUAGGGGCUCGAGAUUCGUAAACAAUUGAAAACCGCCGGUCUUAACCGAUUUUUGUUAAUUGCUGUUUAUCAAGUAUCUAUUCGAUUUACGGCUAUAAGUAUACAAGUAAAAAUCAACUGCAGUUUUCGUAUGAAAUUUGUUGCUCUGUACAUUGUAUAUAUUGCGUUAAAAAUAAAUUACCGGUAUUUACCCAAAAAAAAUUGUUACCCGAGUUAAAUGCCCGUCACUAGUUACGACACCAUGAUCGUCAUAUUUUAUUAUAUUAUUUUUCUUUUCAUUUUUCUUAUUUAUUAAUUAUAUAUUCUAAUUAUUUAACACCGUCAUACUCUUAUACUAAUAACCCGCGUAUAUAUUAUUAUAUACCUAUACCUAAACAAAAUAUACUAAAAAAAAAAAAAUGGCAUUCGAACAAACGUCUAUGGGGUUUUUAAAAAUUAAUUAUUUUAAUAGCGUGUGAUAAACCGCUCACCGCAAACGUCCGGUUUAUUUCGUAUUGUAUAACAAACAUUAUUAUAAUAUUUUAUCCGUCAGCGUUUUCGUUGCAGCAUAUUAUUCCGAGGCGAUGUUAUAAUAAUAUUUAUUUUUUUUACUGCAAGAAAAAUUCGCGUUCCUGCACUCUAUUAUACAAAUAUGUAUAUUAUAUACGUCGCUCACGAAACGUUUAAAACAAUAGAAUCGUAUUAAAUUCCAAAAAAAACCUUCUUCGAAAUAAUAUACACAUUAUUUUACCGUCAUUUUAUUGACGGUUAUUAUACACCGCCGCAUUGUGGGUGGAAACGUGGUGGUACGAGAGAGGGGGCGAAUUUGAGAAUAAAUUACCGUUCAACGACGAAAAAAUUUGCGCAAUUGGACAUGAAUUGUCGUAUUUCUCCGAUAUUUCGCAGAAUAUAAUAUUCUAUUACUAAAAUACUAUAAUAUAGGUACCUAUAUACGAUUUCUGUUUUCCGUUAUUUUUUUUUUUUUUUUAAAUUUUGAUAAUUUCGUCAUGUUUUUUUUGUAAGAACCGUUUGAUCGUUUCAAGUCUCAAUUAUCAUUAAUUCAACUCGCAUCGAACCGUAUUAUAAGUAGUAUUGUAGAUAUCUGUUCUAUUACAAGAGAAAUAUUGUGCGCAAUACACUGACGUUCUUUGUUAAAUUUUCUCACUAUAUAAAAAUGAACCUACUAACUAAAAAAAAAUAAAUAAUAAUAUGUAUUUCCACGAAUGCUAUGGGGGUUUGAUGUACAAUAUCCGAAAAUAUUAUGUUUAACCCUACAUAAUCCUUAUAGGAGAGGCGAAAACGUCUUUCUUUUUCUUCUCUAUAUUAACAUAUUGUUAUAAUUUUUCUUCUUCAUUCUUAUACACUAAUAAAAUGUAUCAAAACUAAAACGAUAUUCAACCCGAAAAGAAAUCCCUUCGUCAGGAUAACUAUUUGGGCAUUCUAUAUGUCUUCUUAUAAUACAAUAUUAUCCUUCUAUUUUUCUCUCUCCUAUCUUACUUGUUGUUUCACCAAGGUGUUGGGGUUCUGCUGUUCUUUUAUAUCGACUCUGUCCUGUCCGUCAUAUGAAAUAUUCUUUCUUUUUGUUCUUUUUUUUUAAAUUUUGCAAACCAACCCCGAUGCGGACGUUACUGACCCGGUAACCGAUUUGCUUUUCAGAUGAGUUGGUCGCCGAAAAGGAGAGAUUCAGAGACAUUGGCGACAGCUUGGACCUUGCGUUUGUCGACUUGUAUGGCAUCUAAACAAAAACCACUACACGAUAAUACACAAAUACACACACUUACACACCGAUUAUUAUUAUCCCGAUACAUGCGAUUUUCCGUAGUCUCCGAUCCCGUCGUCUCUGUCUCCGAACAACAAACACACACUCACACACACGCUACAUUCCCUCUCUUUAAUACGAUUUUACUAUAAUAUAUAAUAAUAUAUACCUAUAAACAAACAAAAAAAAAAAAAACAAACAAACAAACAUAUAUUUACUACCAGUGCUACUAACACCGUCCACGCGAUACCUAAACUUAUUUAAACACAGAAAACUCGUAACUCUAUUAUAUAGACAGUAUAGUAAAUUAAAUUUUAUUUUUAUCUAUUUCAUAUAUAUUAUUAUUAUUAUUAUUAUAUUAUAUAUAUAUUUUUUUUUUUUUUUUUGCAUAGCGUUGUAUUGUAUUUCAUAGCUUACCGAUUUUCUAAUAUUAUUUUUGGCUUUGUUUUACGCUUGUAGAAAAUCGUACGGAACGCUACUAUGUUGACCUUAUAAUAAAUAUAAUAUUACCAUAGAGAUAUAAACUUAUUAAAAACUUGUAAUGAUCGUUUUUUCGAUACUCUUUUCUACCCCGUACAAAAAAUUGUAUAAAAACGACCAAAAUUUUGUACCCAUCGCUACCCUAUCCCUGAAAUGUUUAUUUUACUUUAGAUACACGUCUGUUGAAUAUAAUUUAUUUUUAUCCAAACGUUAUUAUUAUUUAUAUUUAUGCUUAGUUUUUAUUUAUAUAACAUUAAAAAAAAAAAAAAAACCAUAACCUAACUUUUGUCUAACUGUAAAUGUCUAUUUUGGAAAACGAUGUAUUUGUUGUGAUUUAUUUGAAGCUUUGUAUUGUUUUCGUUAUUAGUCAAAAUAACCAACGAUAAAAAAAAUACAUAAAAUAAAAUACAAUCACAAAUUCUGAUAUAUUCUUGGUAUACCUUAUUAUACGUCUCACUUUUAUUGUACAGACGAUUUAUUUCAUUAACACUAGAUCGUAAUAAUCACCGAUAACUUUUAUUUUACGAAUUAUUAUUUAUUAUUAUUAAUUAUUAUUUUUUUUUUUUUACAUAAUAUAUUUAUUGUCAUCCCAAGUGCUAUAUAUUUUACCAAUAAAAAUAAUGUAAACAAAAAUAUAUGAAUAUAUAUUAAAACGAUUUUGGAGAAAAAAAAAACAAAACACCAAUGUAUUGCUUUGAACAUUUCCAUUUUGUUUUCUUUUGCAGACGAGUUGGUACAUGAGAAAGAGAAAUACAAAUACAUUUGUGACGAUCUUGACCAAACGUUCUCUGAACUCGUUGACUAAAACGUUUAAAAACGUUGAUAACGAUGACCAUGAUCAUAAUAUUAUUAUAAUAAUUAAUAUGAAAUCAACAACCUUGAUUAUUUAUUAUACGUUGUGUUUUGCUAUAUUUUAUCAGCAUGUUGAUUUGUAUUCAGCCCCUCGUGUUUUAUUAUUAUUUUUAAUAUCAAAUUAUUAAUAAAUAUUAUUACCUAUUUUUUUUUUUUUAUGAAAAAAAUACUACCUACCCAGGUUUCAAAAAUUGCAUCCAAUUUUUAUUUAUUUUUUUUGUUUGUCUACUACACCUAUGUAAAUAUUUAUAUAUAUUGUUUAGCCAACUAAAAUUUUAUUAUUCUGUUGCGAAAAACCGAUCUGGUUGUAAAAUAUUAUAUUUAUGUCAGAGACACGAGAAUUAUAAUAAUAUUAUAUACGUAUAUACCUAUAUACAUAAUAAUUACAAACACCCGUACACACUCGAAUGCGUUU